AUGCACAAUUUUGAGGAUGAGUUAACAUGUCCCAUUUGUUACAGUAUUUUUGAAGAUCCUCGUGUACUACCAUGCUCUCAUACAUUUUGUAGAAAUUGUUUGGAAAAUGUGCUACAGGCAUCUGGUAACUUUUAUAUAUGGAGACCUUUACGCAUUCCACUCAAGUGCCCUAACUGCCGAAGUAUUAUUGAAAUCGCUCCAAGUGGUAUUGACUCUUUACCUGUUAAUUUUGCAUUAAGGGCUAUUAUUGAAAAGUACCAGCAAGAAGACCAUCCAGAUAUCAUCACCUGCCCUGAGCAUUACAGGCAGCCCUUAAAUGUUUACUGUCUCCUGGAUAAAAAAUUAGUUUGUGGUCAUUGCCUUACCAUAGGUCAGCAUCACGGUCAUCCUAUAGACGACCUUCAGAGUGCCUAUAUGAAAGAAAAGGACACCCCUCAAAACCUGCUUCAACAGUUAACUGACGCACACUGGACAGAUCUUACUUGUCUUAUUGAAAAGCUGGAAGAACAAAAAUCUCAUUCAGAGAAAAUGGUCCAAGGUGAUAAGGAAGUUGUUCUCCAGUAUUUUAAGGAGCUUAGUGAUACAUUAGAACAGAAAAAAAAAAUUUUCCUAACAGCUCUUUGUGAUGUCGGCAAUCUGAUUAAUCAAGAAUAUACUCCACAGAUUGAAAGAAUGAAAGAAAUAAGAGAGCAGCAGCUUGAAUUAGUGACACUGACAACAUCUUUACAAGAAGAGUCUCCACUUAAAUUUCUUGAAAAAGUUGACGAUGUCCGUCAACGUGUGCAGAUCUUGAAACAAAGACCACUUCCUAAGGUCCAACCUGUUGAAAUUUAUCCUCGAGUAAGCCAAGUAUUGAAAGAAGAUUGGAGCAGAACAGAAAUUGGACAAAUUAAGAAACUUCUCAUUCCUGAAAUGAAGAUCUCUUCAAAAAGGAUUCCCUGUGCCUGGCCUGAUAAAGAGGAAAAAGUUGAAUUUUUUAAGAUUCUAAACAUUGUUAUAGUUACACUAAUUUCAGUGAUACUGAUGCUGAUCCUCUUUUUUAACCAACACAUAAUAACCUUUUUAAAUGAAAUCACUUCAAUAUGUUUUUCUGAAGUCUCUCUCUCUGUUUACCAAAGUUUAUCUAAGAAUGUGCACAAUUUAAAGAAUAUACUAUGUCACACUGUGUAUUUACUGAAGGAAUUCAUGUGGAAAAUAAUUUCUCAUUGA